CACAACAAAAGUUGGCCGAACAUUUAUCUGGCUGAACAAUGAGUACUACAGGAAAGGUUAUAAAAUGCAAAGCUGCUGUGGCAUGGGCCCCGAAUCAGCCACUGGCGAUUGAGGAGAUCGAAGUACAACCACCAAAAGAAGAUGAAGUUCGGAUUAAGAUGGUAAGCACAGGAAUAUGUCGGACAGAUGAUCACAUAAUCCACGGUGAUAUAAAAAGGAUACCAUUUCCAGUUAUUCUUGGCCAUGAGGGAGCUGGUAUAAUUGAAAGCGUUGGAAAAGGUGUAACCAAUUUGAAAUCAGGAGACAAAGUCAUUCCACUUUGGCUUCCUCAGUGUAGAAAGUGCAGCACUUGUCUAAAUCCACACAGCAACCUUUGCAUUAAAUCACACUUAUCUGAACCACAGAAAGUAAUGCCUAACAGUACAUCAAGGUUUUCAUGCAAGGGAAAAGUUGUGAAUCAUUUUUCAUGGUGCAGCACCUUUUCAGAAUAUAUUGUCACGCCUAUUGAUGCUGUUGCAAAGAUUGAUGACAGAGGACCCAUGGAGAAAGUCUGUCUUUUUGGAUGUUGUUUUCCAACAGGAUAUGGAGCGGCUGUCAAUACUGCCAAGGUGGAGCCUGGUACUAUUUGUGCUGUAUUUGGAUUGGGUGCCAUUGGGCUGUCGGCUGUUAUUGGAUGUAAAGUUUCUGGAGCAUCAAGAAUUUUUGCUAUAGAUAUAAACAGCAGCAAGUUUGAAAAGGCAAAGCUGUUUGGAGCCACUGACUGUAUUAAUCCCAAAGAUUAUAGUAAACCAAUUCAGGAGGUGAUCACGGAAAUGACAGGACACGGAGUGCAUUAUUCCUUUGAAUGCAUUGGGAAUAUUGAUGUUAUGAAAGCAGCAUUGGAGUGUACUCACCAAGGAUAUGGGACCAGUGUUGUAAUAGGGUUAGCUGGUCAUGAUGCAAAGAUCGCAUUUCAUCCUUUGCUGCUCCUGACAGGACGCACAUGGAAAGGCUCUUUAUACGGAGGUUUUAAAAGUAUGGACUCUGUUCCCAAAUUGGUUUCUGACUACAUUGCAGGAAAAUUCGACUUGGAUGGUUUGGUGACUCAUACUUUGCCUUUUAAUAAAAUAAAUGAAGGUUUUGAACUUUUGAGAACUGGAAAAAGCAUCCGUACAAUCUUGUUGUUCUAAGCUGAAGACCUUCCUUGGACUUCCUGUUACUCAGACUUAUUGUGCUUCAGU